GUGAAGAUUUGAUCUCUUGAGGGUAAGAUAUUAUGACUAGCAACUUCCGCCAACAACAUCACUACACAGUGAAUCUGAAUCCCUCCGCCAUUGCCACUCGAAUUUUCCACCGCCGUAACCUCCGGCGAUUUUAGACUCUCCCACGCAUUCCAUCAACUCCUCCUUCAUCAAAUUCAUGGCACUCCGAUGUCUCUAUCUCUAAUAACCCUCCGUAGAGCUUCAAAUUUCUCCGAUUUCACGGCAGGCAUUUACAAUGCCGGAUACCGGAUUCAACGAACGAUGGGACGACAAGGACGAAGAUUCAGAUGGAAAAUGCGACUUCCUGGUUGUAGCUCUGUGCCCUUGUUUAGUAUGUUUGAUUCUCGUUCUCAUCGUAGUUUUCAUUCUUCUCAUUGUCAAAUUCCAUUUAUUUUGCCAUACGCCUCUUCAUUCUCUGUUCCUCAAGAAAAAUUGUUGACUGUUCCACCUUCAAGAACGAUUGAUUUCAGAAAUCCCCUCUUCCCUAGUCUUGAUUUAUUAGCUAGAGGCUAUUGCGAUUUGAAUAAUUCUGAUUCUGAUUCUGAAAUUGAAUGUGAGAAGAGUGAGGAUGAUGAUCGUGAGUGUGAUUCGAGGGUGGAUUCGACUGAAGUCGAUCGCGUAUGCAAGGUGAUCGACGAAUUGUUUGCCUUAGAUAGGAACAUGGAGGCAGUUCUUGAUGAAUGUGGAGUAAAAUUAUCUCAUGAUCUGGUUUUGGAGGUCUUAGCAAGGUUCAAACGAGCUCGAAAACCGGCAUUUCGAUUCUUCUGUUGGGCUGCUCAGAAGCCAGGAUUUGCCCAUGACUCCAAAACUUACAAUAUGAUGAUGACAAUUUUGGGGAAGACAAGGCAGUUUGAAACAAUGGUUUCCUUGCUUGAAGAAAUGGCUGAAAAAGAGCUUUUGACAAUGGAAACUUUCACCAUUUGUUUCAAAGCAUUUGCAGCUGCAAAAGAGAGGAAGAAAGCUGUUGGAGUCUUUGAGUUGAUGAAGAAGUAUAAGUAUAAAGUGGGUGUAGAAACUAUAAACUGCUUGCUUGAUAGUUUAGGGAGAGCAAAGCUUGGUAAAGAAGCUCUAACAAUUUUUGAGAAGUUACACGGUAGGUUUACGCCGAAUUUACAAACAUACACGGUUUUGUUGAAUGGUUGGUGUCGAGUGAGGAAUCUAAUGGAAGCUGGGAAGAUAUGGAAUCAGAUGAUUGAUGAAGGUUUUAAGCCUGAUAUUGUUGCUCAUAAUACCAUGCUUGAAGGCUUGUUGAGGUGUAAGAAGAGGUCAGAUGCUAUCAAGUUGUUUGAGGUUAUGAAAACCAAGGGACCAUCUCCUGAUGUCAAAAGCUACACUAUUUUGGUUCGGGAAUUCUGCAAACAAGCCAAGAUGAAAGAAGCGGUUGAGUAUUUUGAAGAAAUGCAAGGAGCGGGAUGUCGACCUGAUGUUGCAAUCUACACUUGUUUGAUCACAGGGUUUGGGAAUCAGAAAAGGAUGGACAUGGUUUAUGGGCUACUGAAAGAAAUGAGAGCAAACGGUUGCCCGCCUGAUGGGAAGACUUAUAAUGCUCUAAUCAAGUUGAUGACGAAUAAGCGGAUGCCCGAUGAUGCAGUUCGGAUAUACAAGAAGAUGAUCGAGAAUGGCUUUGAACCAACAAUCCACACGUACAGCAUGAUGAUGAAAUCCUACUUUCAAACAAGGAAUUACGAAAUGGGUGUUGCUGCUUGGAAUGAGAUGAAGCGAAAAGGGUGUUGCCCCGACGAUAACUCGUAUACUGUGUUUAUAGGGGGGCUUAUAAGUCUGGGACGUUGUGUCGAAGCUGGAAAGUAUCUAGAGGAGAUGAUUGAGAAAGGAAUGAAAGCUCCUCAGCUUGAUUACAACAAAUUUGCUGCUGAUUUCUCUAGAGCUGGGAGACCUGAUAUUCUUGAAGAAUUGGCUCAAAAGAUGAAAUUUUCUGGUAAAUUUGAAGCUUCCAGUGUGAUUGCAAGGUGGGCUGAGAUGAUGAGGAAGAGGGUUAAGAGAAGAAAUCCUACAAACUUUACUAAUGGUGACCAUAGCCCUUAGAAUCUCAUUUAAUUAAACACCAUUUUUCACUUAAUCCAUUCUGUUCUAUACUAUUUAUUACUGUAUUUUAACAUUAGAUUGUAUAUUUUAUUAGAAUUUUAGCUUAGAUUUCGUCCA